CAACCUUCCACUCUCUCACCUGUCAGCCCCUCACCACGCGCUUAGACUGCGCUUAGCCUUGCCCCAGUGGGCGCUACUGCACUAAACCGCCAAACCAUCAACCCUUUGCCUCCACGUCACCAUCGCAGCUCAUCUCCCGCCGCACCACACGGCAGCCCACGCCAGUCCACCGUCGCCGCCGAUUGAACAGCUUCCAGAAGCACGUUCUCUUUGAGCUCCGCAACCAUGUCUACAAUCGCCACACCCCGCGAAACCUCGCUCCCCCCUUCCCGCCGCGUCGCCUCGACACCGACCUCGUCCACACGCCCGUCCCUCGAAGCCGCCCGCUCAGCAAUUGGAUCGCCUGUCGCGAGUGCGCAACCACCAGCCCCUGUUGUCGCCAAGCGCGCAAACCGCGCCGCCCUCCGCGAAUACUACAAGCUGCGAGCGGCCGCGACGCCGCGCAUUGAGGCUCCUGACUCCGAGGUCCCCGCGAGCGAUCUCGACAACGAAGACUUCAAGGCAGACCAAUACAUAACCAAGGUUGUCUCAGAAAGCAGUCUAGAGGAACUUCUGAGAUUAUAUACACGAGUAGUGGGCGAGGUUCGAGCGCUGGACGCUGAGAAAAAGGCCCUCGUGUACGAUAAUUAUAGCAAGCUCAUCUCCGCGACGGAGACGAUACAAAAAAUGCGAUCGAACAUGGACCCGUUAAACCCCAUGGCCUCAACCCUCAACCCUGCCAUCAACCACAUCUACAACCAAGCAAACUCGAUACGUCAAGGGCUCCGUGACCACAUCCCCGAGCCCGGUUCAGACAAAGCUAAAGAACAUGAAGUCCUAGCAAGACGGCAACGAACAAAAGAGCUGGCAAUUGAGGUAUUAGGGACGCCAGAGCUGUUGAGGACGUUAGUAGCAGAGGGCAAAACGACCGAGGCAAAGCGCAGAUGGGAGCUGCCGAGGCGCUUACUAGAGACUUGGAAAGAAAAAGGUCUAGGGGGUGCAGACGUUCAAAAGUGCAUUGACGAGGGAGAUGCAGCACUGCGCGGGGAAACAAAUACAGGUUCAAAAGACGACUGAAGACACGGCAAUCGUUGUUCAUAAUUGUACAUAUACAAAGUUACUACACCAAAUAGACACCUAUAUCAUGCUCAUGCUCAUCAUCACCACCAACUCCUCUAACUUUUAUUCGUCCCCAAAACGCCACUGCUUAAUCCAAUUCAUCAACGCCAACAAUAGUAAACGGAUCGCUAUCAUACUUGCUAAAUACAACCUGCGCGUCGGCAGCGCCUGACUUCUUGAGCUCCUCCUCCAGAGCAGGUCCUAGCUUCUUUUGGAGAUAACUUCUCUCCGAGUUAGAGUGGAAGACCUGAACAAGGGUGCGGCCCUGCUGAAUCGCGCGCAGCGCAGAGUGGUGCGACGUCUCGCCCAUCACAAGCAAGUCGACAUCAGCCUUCUUCAGCACAUCGUAGCCACUGCCAGCACACACGCCAAAGCUGCCAACCUUUGCCGUCUUGAUGUCAGAACCGACAGGCGAGGCAAUCAUGAGGUGUCGCAGGCCACCGAGUUCAUUUGCGAGACGCUUCAGGAUUUCCGAUAGACCAACGGGGGCAUCAAAGUAGCCGAUGGCUCCGUAUCCAGCAGGAGAAUGAGACUCGGGUGCUGUAGAGCAGGGAAUGGCGACAGAUCGGGCGGACUUGUGCUCGCCAGAGACGACAUCUGCAAGCCACGUGUUGAGGCCCUUGGGCGCAGCAUCCACUGCUGUAUGGGGACAGUAAACAGCGAUUCCUGCCCUGGCCAAGCGCAGAAGCGUUGCUUGUUGCGGAUCAUUUGUUGUGAGAGACUUGUGGCCGCUAAAGAUGAAGGGGUCUAGAAGAGUUAGCAAGACGUCUUGAGCGGGCCGCGCAUCAAGGUAGAUAGCUUACGGUAGCUGACAACGACAGAAACAUCCUGCUCAAUGGCAUCGAUGGCGACUUGCCAAGUGAGAUCAUUGACAACCAUGACCUUGGGGCUCUGCUCCUGGCCCUCCUCCAGAGUACCAACCAACAGACCAACAUUAUCCCAUGCUCGAUCCGCAAGCUCUUCGGGGUACCUGUUUCCUAUUAGCGCUUCUCAUAUCACCAUGCGACCUAUCAUCAAACAUACAGCUUCUUCAUAGAGUCUGCCACAAGCUGCGUAAACUUGCCAGGCUUCGCCUGCCAAGCUCCCCAAGGUCCUGAUGCAGCAGCCAUAUUGAGACGCUGGGAUGAAGUCGAAAUUGAACGAUAAAGAGGGCGUGAAGUUAGAUUCUGCAGACGCCCAUUCAACAACCGCGCAGCUCGCAUAUCAAUUCUACCCAGCGUAAAUAAAUAAAAUCGAGCGUCGUGUUUUCAAAUCAAGGGUAGAAAAAUCACCAGCG